AUGCUUUCGAUCCUCGAUCGGCUGCGGCGCUGCGGCCGGGCCGCUCCUGUAGGAUUGUCCGAGCUGGAGGAGCAGGUAGUGACGAACAUUUGGCUUGGAGACUAUGCCUCUGCGCUGACCGUCUUGCAGCCGGUUUGUGAGGAGCAGCCCUGGCGCGCCCUCCACGCUGCAUUGACACAACUUCUGACCCAGCUGCCGUCAGCUGAGAGAAAAUCUGCUGCCUUCGUGCCCAGACGUUUGACAGAGGUUGCAGUGCGCAAUUCCCCCUCUGUCGGACUGGGUGUGCAACGUGUGACGGGCAGCUUGCGUGUCGAUGGCGCAGACUUGAGCUACGUAUUGCUGCUGAAGGAUCCUGCUCCGGUCGCUCCCCUCCGUGUGCUUCGCUUCGGAGGCAACGCCGAGGUCGCAGGCCUCUCUGCGAGGUCGCCCGAGAUCCUGCGGCUUGUGGAACAAGGCCUUGCGGAUGUCCUUCUCGUGGACUAUCGGGGCUUCGGAUGGUCGACAGGGGUCCCAUCGAUGGCCACCAUGAGACGGGAUGCAGAGGAGGUAGCCGCGGCAUUCCCAUUGCUGCUGCAGCAGCAUGGACACAGCUCAGAAGGGCCCUUGGUGAUCGUGGGUCGCUCCAUUGGCUCCUUGGCCGCCUUGCACGUGGCGCUUUUGGGCUUUGGAGAGGCGUUGGUGCUGGACUCCCCGGUCACGUGCCACUGGCCCCUGGAGGGCAUCCCAACGGCGACCUGGGCUAGCAUGGGCAAAGCAAUGCCUGCAUGCCUUUCAGCUGGUGGUCGGCUGCUAGGACUUGUUGGGUUGCCUGGACAUGCCGCUCCUCUACAUUAA